AUGGGCUGGCUCUGGACAUCUUCGCCCCCCAAACCACCAACCGACCAAUCUCCCUCUUCCUCUCCUUCUCAACCUACACAAUCAACUCUUCCACCUCCCUCAUCAACAUCCACCUCCUCUCAAGCUCCCAACGAGCCCGUCGACCCCGAAAUCCAAAAACUCCUCGACCUCUUCAACAAAUCCGAAGACACAACACCCAAAUCCUCCUCCUCCUCUUCAACCUCAUCAUCAUCACAAUCCCCCUCCGUCAUCACAUCAUGGCUCUCCUCAAAACUCUCCACCGCCCCCGAAGCUCCCCCGGUCCCCCACCUCGACCCCGUCACCGAAUCCCUCCUCCCAACCGAAAUGUCCUGCCGCCAGGCUUUCGACCUCGCCUGGUCCUGCAACUCCCUCGGCGGCCAGUGGAACGCCGUCUACCGCCACGGCGAGAUGCGCUCCUGCGGCCACCUCUGGGACGACUUCUGGUUCUGCAUGCGCACAAAGUCCUACUCGGGAACCCUCAAGGAGAAGGCCGUCCGCGAGCACUACCGCCGCAAGGAGUACGAAAAGUACUAUGCGCCUGGGAGCCGCAGCAGCGAGGAUGUUUGGCAGGCGAGGGAGCAAAAGGUUGCGCCGGGGACUGCGUUUGCUGAGGCUGUUGAGAUUGCCAAGGUUGAUGACAAUGAGUGGAGGAAGUUGGAGGAGGAGAGGAGGAGGAAGAUACGGCAGGAUUUGGGAUAUGACAGGAAAGAAUGA